AUGAACGACUUUCGAAAUAUCGAGAACGCGCCUCCCCUAUAUUAUGAAGCCGUCGCUGAUAUGGAUUCAGAAGCAUUAUCCAUGGCGCAUGAUUCCGCAUUGGGCAGGCGUAACUGGCUUCCGACUGCUUCCGAAGCUGAUAUAGCUCCUGAUUUAUCCUUUGCUACGCAUCUUGCCACACACCAUCAGCAAAUGCACAAGUCUCUCGCAUGUCAAUCCCAUUCGCAUCAACCACAGCAACAUCACCCGUCUUUGCUGUGCCAGGGUCCCGCCUCUACCUCUUCACCAUUAGUAGUCAGACCGGACUGUUUCCAGGUUGCCAGGGCAGGUCCAACCACUGGAGAGGAUUUAGGUACCAUAAGACAAGAGCCAGGUGAUAUGGCUCAGACAUUAAGUCCUAUGUUAACAGAGGCUGCUGUGCGUCGAGCCAUGUCUGAUGAUUUGUCACUUUCAGGCGAAGGCUACGAAACUGGGGAAGCCGCCAGUGAAGAACAGGAAGAAGAAUUCGACGGAGAUGAGGAUGAAGAGGAUGGGGAUGACGAUGUUGGAAUGGAACAAGAUGAAGUUGGCUACGAAGAAGAUGAGAUUGGAGAUCCUCUGGGAAGUCCUAGGACGACGACAAGUUCUGGUCUGUCUGCUGACAGUAGGAUAUCCACAACGGACCGUCGACAACCUGGCCUGAAAAAAUCAGCUAAGAGUUCAUUGCAAAAGCGUCUUCGCACUCAGAGUAGCCUGAGUGCCACUGGCUUCCUGGCCGACUCAAAGGAGGCGGCUCCUGCUGUUUCGAACGCAGACGCUAGCCCUCUAGCAUCACGUUUUUUAGCCGAUAAACUUGGCUACGCUGCUGAAGCAGAAACUCGAGGCGUCAUGGCUAUAUCUUCAUCGAUUGUGUCCGAGGAUUAUGUUGACCCAGAUACAGUUAGUCUGUUCGAUGAGCUUGAUCGCUGGCCACGACGAGACGUCUUGGGUGCUUCUUCUGUCCUGGUUACUUCUGUCAAUGUUUCGAACAUGGACGACAUAGGCUCAAACAUUCCCGUUAGUACUGCAACCGUAGAUGAGCUACCUUCUUCUGGCUCUAAAGUUGGCACUUUGGUUCCAAUGCCUGGGCUCGGCUUUAGUGGAACAUUGACUUCUUCCACUUGCGUGCAAAGAGAUUCCAAGUGGGCUCAGGUGUUAUGCCGGAGAGUCGGAGAAUAA